AUUUUUUAAGACAUUUGAUUGGUUACUUUGUUUUCAUCAAUAUUGCUUUAUUUGCAUUGUUUGGGUAUUUAUCUCCUUUUUGCCCAAUGAUGGACAAAUUAAUUUUAUCUAGUGGUUAUGUGGAUUAUUCACUAAUAAUCUAUAUAUGCCAUGGGUGAGUGUCUGGGUGGGUGUGUUGUGUUUGUGUAUGUGUGUGCAUGUGCAUGUACGUGUGUGUGUCUGUGUGUGGGUGUUGGUGGUUGGUGUAUAAAGGCGUUUAAUGAACGCCAUUGGCAAUAUACCACAUAUGAUCAAUCUAAGCUAUGAGAUCUGAGGGCAUUUUCUUGUUACUUUUUCUUUGCUUUUCUGAUUUUUUUUUUGGCCGAGGUUAUGGGUGGUGCAGGGCAUUCCUCCCUCAAACCUACUUGCCAGCAUAUUCUAAUAGUUGCCACUUUUUGGAGUUUUGAGAAAUGCAUUUGCCUUUUACAUUUGUUCUAACCAUAUCUCCAUGUAUUGCUUCUUGUCCUGCAGUUUACCGAUACAUUAAAGUACAAUAAAUACAAGAUACCCACGUACAUUGGCUCCAGUUCAAUGCUAGUGUGCUGCACACUGACACCGAUAAUGCUAAGGCACAAGAUUUUGUGAUUAACCCACAGAAGAGUAUAGGAAAGGCCAAAACAACAGAAAUAAAAAAGCCCUCUAUCACGCACGAACAGGGUGAAAAAAUUCAUCACAGAGAAAACCAAAAUGGAACGGCACAUACAGAGAUUCCUAAACAAAGUGUCACUUUUAUCAAUCACCAUAGCCACAAUUACUCUCCUCUUCCUCUUCCUCCAAACCCCAGAAACCUGCAUCCCACACGACACUACCCUAAAGCCUCAUCUUAGAUUCCCCAAAUCUACCUGUGACUCUUCCCCUCGUCACUACCUCCCUCUUCCCAAGAAGAAUACCCGCCUCUGGUCCUCCAAGUCUUGGAUCACCCAGGUCUCUUCCUUUACUCAAUUAUUCACCCAACUAUACAAAAUGGGUCUCCUCAAGAAGCACUCCAAAGUCCUUUGUGUCUCUGCUGGAGCAGGCCAUGAGGUCAUGGCUCUAUCCAAAAUGGGUGUUGAGGAUGUUACAGGUGUUGAAGUGAUAGAGUCUUUGCCUCUGGUUAGCAAGGCGGAUCCUCAUAAUCUUCCCUUCUUUGAUGGGGCUUUCGAUGUUGCCUUUACUGGGCAUUUGGUGGAGGCUUUGUAUCCUAGGCGGUAUGCGGGGGAGAUGGAGAGGACUGUGAGAGAAAGUGGAGUGUGUGUGGUGGUAGUGGACGAGUGUGGUGAUGAGGAAGUGAAGGAGAUUGUUUGGCUGUUUAGGAGGUCCAGGCUUGUUGGCACUUCCAAUGUCACCUUGAACAGAAGAAGAGUGACGAGGAUUAUACUGAGAACUAUAGCUUCUGCCUAAUCAAUUGUGGUUAAUUAUUGUCUUUGAUAGAGCUUAUGCGAUUAGAUUAAACUAGCUUUGAUUUUGUGGUGUUGAAUUUAUUAUGUGAAUUUCUGUACAUUUGUUGGUUAUGGUGUACAAAUAUUUUGAUGGUCGAAAUCAAUUUAUACCUUUUGAAUGUAAAGAAAUGUAAAAUGAAAAUUUGGGCCCAAGCCCAAAGAGAGGUUUAAAUAAAAGUAAUAAUAACUCAAGGCUGGUGCCACUGGUUACCAACAAACCACUUACAGAUGAGCCUAGUCUAAAACCUUAAACCCUUCCAUUUCCAUAAACCUCAGACUUUAGUGUCAGACAGAAUCUCCGUUUUCCCUCCCCUCUUCUUUCCCCGCCAGACCCAAGAGAGAGAAAAAUGGGGUCAGCUUUGGAAGCCAGGAGUUUGAGAAAGGCAGUGGUGCCAUUAACACUCCUAGAGAAUCCAUCUCCUGGAAACCUCCAGUCAACUCGCCUUGCUCUCCAUGUGAAUGAGGAUGGCUCUUCGUGUUGGGUUUACAUUGCCUCCGGAUGCAACAUCUACAAACUCCAGAUUCCGCUGCAAGAUUCUUGGCUUAGCAAAGGGAAAGAAGGCCUCCUUAUUCCCGAGCUAACAAAGGUUAUAGACUCUUCUUUGCUUAAGAGGUGCCCUCAUCGUUCAGAAAUUCAGGGUAUUGUACUUGCCGAAAUUGAAAGCACUGGUUACUUAGUAUUGGGAAGCGUGGAUGCUUAUGGUCAUCUUAUUGUCUCUAAACUGGAUGCUAGUGGUAAAGAUGUGGACAAGAUUACCUAUUCAGUGUUACCUCGGGAUUUUGGUGUUGGAGAAGGUAGUUGGUCUGGGCUUUGCUUCAGUCCAACUCAAUGGUCCAUGGCAGCUGUGGCACAAAGCUUCUGCAAAAGUAUUGAUGUUUAUGACCAGGAUAUUCAUUUUCGGACUUUACGUACACUUUGGUAUCCAUCUUCAUUGAGCUUCGUACAGAAUUUAGGUCAUGGGAGUGAGACUUCCGUAUUAGCCAUAACUGAAGGGUGCCAGCUGUCUAUAUGGGACUUGAGAAUGAAAGAAAAUGGUGGUUGUCUACAUCGUAUUUGUGGUUCUGUUGGAGAUGUCUUUUAUGCUGUUUGCAGUUCUUCGACUGGUAACAUCGCAGUGGGUGGUGCUGAUCGUACCGUGACCAUCUAUGAUCCCCGCAGAUGGUCAGCACUUUCAAGAUGGGUGCACUGUUCAAAAUAUGAGAUCACGGGACUUGCGUUCUCAUCUCUUGACUCGGAUUACAUCUAUGUACAAGGGGUUGACUAUGAGGUCUUUUGUAGUAAGUGGCAAGAAAGCAGUAAGGUAUUCAAAUUUAGAGGAGACUCAAACUGGCUGGGAUUCAGUAAGUGCUCUAACAGGGAUAUACUUGGUGGAUGGUGUGAUUCGGGUAGCAUCUUCGUGGCUGAUGUUGUAGCUAAAGGAGAGUGAAAGAAACACCUUGAAAGGUUUUGUUAGCAGAUUUUCCUAGUAGCAGUUCAGCUGUCUUCUAAUCCACAAAGUUACAUUUAACUUCAAAACAUGUUAAAUCGAAGGCUUUUAUCAUACGUGCGUGCAGUCAUUUCAAGCAGCUGCUUAUUCCCAGGUCAAGCUGUCCAAUUAAAGACAAAUAAUCCCUUCCACCAGGAAAUUUGUGAUAUUUGAUUAUCUUGGUCUUUUUAUUUCCUGAAAUUUAGCAUUAGUUGAAGUUUGAAGUUGCCUAUUGCAUGAGUCUGUGCAUGUAGGGCAUGAGUUGGCUGUAUGGAAUAUUACAUGUAACUUGACACAAUGCACAAGUUAUUAAUUUUAUAGUAAUGCAUUCACCUAGAUGCCUUGAUCUGGUUGUUUGAUUGACAA